GGAAAAUGACAGCUAUAGAAUUAUUAGAAAGUAUGUAUUCAUAAACCAUUCUAAUAUCUCUUGAAGAUUACAUUAAAACUAUUUGGGUUUUGUCCGAGUUUACAGCAUUAACUUGGAGCUUCGGGUGUGGAUAGUGUAUUCUAAGCCUCAAUCUAGGCAUGCUCUUGCUGACCAUAGGCCUAUUGAAUAAAUAUAUAAUGCCCUUAAAUAUGUAAUUUAUUUUUUUUUCGAGACGUAACAUGUAGAGCCAGUAAAUUUACAAGCAUAUUCAGCUCCGUGGCCUGAGUGGGUCAACAAUUACCUAGACCCGUCAAAGUUAACAGUACAGUUAUUUCACGCUCUGAUUGCACUGAAAGACCCGUUAAGUAUAUAGAUUUUUUGUUUGAUCGGUGUGACGUCACGUGUUUUAAAUGCCUUCAUGACAGGACACGAUCGAUUUAAAAACAUGCUGAACUUUUUAACAUUACACCGUUAGGACACAGACUGGCGACUGUGAUUCUGCAUGUUGAGCAACUCUUUGACGUUUUAUUAAUUUGGAUAUAUAUUAUGUGACUUUUUACAAGUCAGAUGUAGACACAAACAGGGCACCAACAUGUGAAGGAGAACUUCCGCCCGAGGACCUUAUCAAUCCAAUCCGUCCAUUAGAACAUGCCCACCCAGGAGAGGAAACGGUCACCACCCACAAAUGAUGAAUGCAAACCUGUAAGACAACUCCUGCAACUUCUAAAUGCACCAGUAAUCGGGCAACAGCUUCCUUCCAUAUCGUCAAAGAAAAGUGGGAAUGACACUUAUCAACAAUGGCCCCGUCCACAGGCCAAAAGCGUGCAACACCAGCAACAAUCCACAGAGAGCCUGGUCCUGGAAAAGUUUAACUUACGGUACCAGUCCCAGAGACAGUUUGUGUGUCAUCCACAACAUGAACGUUUUUCGGAAGUCUUUUCGGCCUUGAUCACACGAAGAUUAUGCUGUCUGGACUGGAUCAAUUCGGCUCCUCCAGAAAACAUUCUCCGACUGGUGACGUGCCUGAGGAUCCUGAUGAGAGAACCGGAAUUCCAGAAAGCCUUCUACACUCUCAAGGGACUACAGGUUCUGACAGAGCUGUUCACCAAGGCCACCAACAGCUACCUUCUGUAUGGAGACUCCCCCUAUCUGGUGGACAUUCUGAAGGAAAUGUCAAACAUUUUCCAGAAGUUUGCUGCAGUAAAUGAGACUCAGAGAGAAUGGCUGAUUGAAUGCAAAGUACAUGAGGGACUCCUUCUUCUUCUCCGUGGUCAUGGUGAUGACCUUAUUGCACUACACUGUGCCCUACACGCUCUUCUUGCCUUAGCUCAAUGUCCCAAAGCCCGACAGUUGAUAGCAGAGAGAAGCUGUGCUGAAGAUUUACUGGGGAUCAUAAAGGACUAUGACAGUUUGUCUAAAAAACUGGCAGCGAAGCUCUUACAGAAACUGUGUCAUGAGCGUCUGUGUCAGGAGACUGUACAGGAACACCAGGGAAUCCCAAUCUUACUGAGCCAGUUACACUGUGACAAUGUCAAUCUUCUACUGCCCGUGCUGCAGUGUCUCAUCCACAUGUGUACCCACCCCGAGGCCAAUAAAGAAAUCCGUCAGAUGGGAGGAAUACCCACAAUUCUGGCGCUUUUAAGGUUUGACAGGCAUUUCGUGACGGAGCGUAGCGAGACCGGAUGUGGAGCCGCGAGUGCGGGUCCCCACGGCAGAUCUGCUACCGAAGAUAUAAUGAUCAAUAAUGCCAAGGCAGCAAAUGAAAAACCAUCAGGCAGACAAAAGGCAGAAGAACUUAUGGAUCAGAAAUACCAAGUUAGAUGUGCAUGCUGCACAGCUCUAACGGAACUAGUCAUGAACGAUGCCAACGCCCAGCAGAUAGUGCAAUCUAACGGCAUUUAUAUUCUGGGAAGCUUAAUAUUACCACGAUGUGAAAAGUGCUCACCGGAGGAAACAAAACUGUGUAAAAGUUUACAGAAGUACAGUUUUCGUGCUCUGCGUUUUCUGUUCAGUAUGGAGCGAAAUCGACGACUGUUUAAACGCCUGUUUCCAGUGGAUCUUUUUGAAAUGUUCAUUAACAUUGGCCAUUAUAAACAAGACUUAAAUGAAUAUAAACCAUUAGUGGAGAAAAUUAACAGACUACCUCCUGAUCUUGUGGAGGAGAUUCGCAUUAACAUUCAGGAGACGAAUCAGAAUCGAUCUCCGACUCGCCAUAUUGGUGACUAUGCUGUGUUUGAAUUGUUAGGGAAAGGUGCUUUUGGGUCUGUUUACAAAGUGUGCAAAAGGACUGCCGGCCAGACCUUCCUAGCCAUGAAAGAGAUAAAUUAUGAGUCCCCUGCCUUUGGUCGAAAUUCCCAGGAACGAAAUCAGAGUGUGGGAGAGAUAAUCAACGAAAUUGCCAUAAUUCGAGAACAAAUGAAACAUCCUAAUAUUGUGCGAUAUUACAAGACAUUUGUGCAAGAGCAAAAAUUAUACAUUGUGAUGGAGCUAAUAGAAGGGGCCCCAUUAGGGGAACAUUUUAACUCCCUAAAAGAAAAGAAUAUGAAAUUUCCCGAGGACAGGAUAUGGAACAUUUUCAUGCAGAUGGUGCUGGCGCUGAGGUAUCUGCAUAAGGAGAAAGGGAUUUACCACAGGGACCUGACCCCCAACAACAUUAUGUUGGGAGAAGAUGACAAAGUUACUAUAACUGAUUUUGGAUUAGCCAAGCAGAAGAGAAGUGACUGCAGUAAAAUGACGUCAGUAGUGGGCACCAUCCUAUACUGGUGUCCAGAGAUUGUGCAGAACUUCCCCUAUGGAGAAAAGGCUGACAUUUGGGCCCUAGGUUGUAUUCUGUACCAGAUGUGCACCUUACAACCUCCAUUUUUCAGCGACAACAUGUUAGUGCUAGUCAAUAAGAUUGUGAAUGCCGAGUAUACCCCCAUUCCAGAAGAUUAUUAUUCAGAUCGAAUUGUUCAAACCGUCAGAAGCUGUAUUUGUAAAUCGGUGGAGGAUCGACCAGACACUGUGGAGUUGGCUUCCCAGAUUGCCGACAAACUUCUUGUACAUGUGGACAACCUCCGGAUUAACCAGAUCACACUGGAGAAAAAGCUAGAGAAGGAACGAAAGAAAGCACAGAGACAUUACUUUGAGGCCAGUCAGAACAUUCAGAAGUAUCACCAGUUAUUCCAGAUCUCUCAGGAGAAGUACGACCGCUUGGCCAACCUAGCAGGAAGUGGCGGAGCAGUGAGUCUGAAGAAUGGGGACGUCGUGGAUCCGAGUCUCGUGGAGGUUGAGUUUACGCGGGCUUUGCAAUCAGAGUCUCUUUCGUCAGGAGGCCUGUCAUCUGAUGAGGAAGAUGAGAGCUGCCCCAGCAGUGAAUGUGAGAGCCGGGAAAGCAGUGCUGGGAGUACGCGGGGGACGAGACACCUCCCCUCCAUCCCUAGACCCCCCCACACACCAAAAACUCGCCGGGCAGAGCGCAGGCCAAAACACUCACAGUACACGCUAUCACCCCUAAGUCUGGACAUCCCCAAUGGCCACUCUCGUACAAUUCGGGACUCUGGAUACAGCUCGGGUGACCCCUCCCCCAAUAAUCUGAUGUCUGCCGCCAGUCCCUCUGAUCUCAUCCUCAAUGGUCAUGAGCAAAACCUGACCACCCGGGAUUACCACCGCUCAAACAGCCUGCCCGCCCCACGGCCUGUCAGCAAGAACAGGAAGAAGACCAAGAGACCCAAUAGUGCUAACACCCCGACAGUGACAAUUUCCCAGCGUCGAGUCCGACAGAUCAGUGAUCCCAUCCAACAGAUGAUGCACCAACUCCACAAAAUUCUUUAUAUCUGCCAGCUCCCACCUACACUGGAUCCGCACCCCAAACGUCGACUGGUGGAAAAGUUUAAAAGAGCACUGUUUGCUCCCUAUAGCGACAGUCUCAACCUCAAAACUGAAGUGAAAAAGUUAAUGUCAGGAUCAAGGGAGAUAAUAGAUAUGAAUUUAGGCCCAGUAGAGAGCAAAAGGGUCAGCUCAGCUAGUUCUGUGGAAGGGGAGACCACUCCAGAUGAAAAAAAAGUGAACAACCAGUUUGAUCCGGAUUUUAAGGAGGCAGGAAUUACCUACGAACAAAUGCAGACUUACAUAGAGGGAAUUCUCAGUGACUGUGGCUACUACAGUAGUCUGCCCAGUGCCCGGGGCAGAACACCUCCACUGGGACCAAUAUUACCUAAGUAGGCCCAGGUCUGGCCCAUUACUUAAGAAUUUAUCAGUGGUUCGGUUUAUUUUAGAAUCAAGUUUAAUCAGCAAGAGGUAGGAGUGACGAUGUUUAAGUUUCAAUCCCUUUUGAUGUCAGUUUAAGGAUGUUAAUCUUAAUUCCAUCGUGUAGAAUUAUCUGCUAUGAGUGUACUUCAAAUAUUCUUUUAAAAAAAAUCAUUCCUUGAAUACAUUCCUGAAAAAUCUCCUAAUUCUUUCAUAAUCAUUCCACUAUGCUGAACGAGCAGAAAAACCGUAAAAUUCUUCCAUAUUCUGGAAACAUAGAACGAGGAUUACUGAACACAGGAAUCAUUAAAAAAAAAGGAUUUUAACAAUGUGUUGAACAAAUAAAUUUCAAGUGCAUUAACUUAUGAAAAUUGCCAAAUCAAAAUAUAGUAUUCCAACCAUCGGGUGUUGUUAAGCAAUUUAAAUACUUUUAUGAUUGUUACAAAGUCGUAUUUAUUAUGCAUCUUGAAAAUAUUGAAUUAUCAAAUUUUCAUUUGCAAAAGAGACUGUUAUGUUGUUGUUACGAUGUAUUUUUCGGUACUUACCAAGUCCAUGUUUUUCAAAGGUCAGUCAAAAUGUGAUUGUUUAUGUGCGUCUGAGAAUAAACAUUUUAAAAGUUUUGUGGACGAUCAUUUUUUUUAUGUUUAUCUAAUUUUGUGGUAAGUUUAUUUUCAUAGGCUGAUAUUUUUUUUACAUCACCUUUAAAGAAGAGUGUGUGAUGAAAAUGGACCAAAAUAAUUAUAUUUAUUUUUGUAUGUAUCAAGAGAAUGUUUUAUUCUUUGAUCUGUGCUAUAUUCGUUUAUUUUAUUGAUGCAUAUUUACACAAUUCCAUCCAGAUUUUACAAGUGUUUAUGCAUUAUGUUUAUGUUUAUGCAUUUUUUGUUCUCAAAACAAAAAUGAUUUGUGUGGUGUUUUUUUUUUUUAUUAUGCCGUCCAUAGUUUUACUUGUCUUAUGUGUACAGUACCUUUUCAUAAUAUGCCAAUUUCUUUACAAAGAAUUGUAAUCUAUAGAUAAAUUUCCAGGAUUUUCACACUUGCCUGAACUAAAUGAUAUGCAAAUAGAUAUGAAAGAUUUAUGCAAAAAAUUGAAAGAGAUAUAAUUUCUUUUGAAAGAAAACUAUUAAUUAGUUUUUGUUCAACUGUUUUGGUUUCUAAUGUGUUUAAAAGUUGGAUCAAUUGGGGUUUUUUCCCUUACUUUUCAUAAUGUUAAUUGUAUGACCCCCCCCCCCCCUCCCCUUCCUUAUUUAAGAGUUGGAUUAAUUGGGUUUUUUCAUAAUGUGAAUCAUAUGACAUCCCCACCCCCCUUAAAAGUUAGAUAAGUUGUUUGGGCUUUCUUUUCUUUUUUUAUGUAAAUUGUAUAACACCCCCACCCACCCCCACCCAUCCCGGCAUUAAAGUGCUAUAUAUAAAUACUUUGAGUGUGUAUUUGUGUGAUAGGUUUGUUGAUCAUCUACAACAUAGAAAUCCUAGCAGACAUAUACACUCAACAUGCUGCAAAAUUUUGUUGCAAUGAUUAAGAAAAAAGAGUUACAUUUUCUUGUAUGCAGAAAUGAGUCCUUAUGUAUUUACUAGGGUGAUCUAGAAACAUCUCGGUGUGUCGUAUAUGUACUUAUUUAUUGUUGAUCCAGAUGGUGGUUUUUUUAACCUUUUGUUGUGGUAUAUAUACCGUCCAGUUCUUUUAUUUAAAGGUUGAAUGUUGUUGAUAAUAUUAUGAUAAUUAAUAAAUUAUUGAUAUUUAAUAUAUAUAUAUAUUAAAUUUAUAAAGUAGUAUAGUGAUAUUUAAUUCUAAUUUUAUUGAUUUUUGUUGAUUUUGAUACAAUUUAAUUUUUAUUUUGUAACAAAAGAUAUCUUUAGUGCUGUGUUUUGUUCCAUCAAGAAAUCAAAAUGGUGUUUUUGGACAAUUUCGUCCAUUUGCAUGGCUUUUAAGCAACUGAUUGAAGGGUAGUAUUAAUGGAGGGAAAUUGAAAACUUCAAGGAUUAUUAGUUUUUACAAAAGUGCUAUAAAAUUAUUUAGAAUUAAAAAGUAUACAUAAUUAAUGACAUGGAAAUCAUUAUCAUUUUAUGUAAUGUUUUAGUCAUCAUUUGCAAUGUACAGUUGUGGACCCCCCAGGUUUUUAUGUCCGUGCAGUAGAUAUUCCAUUGUUUUAUCCUACUUAUUUUUAUUUGGGUUUUUUCCGUCCAAUUUGUGAGUGAGAAUACAAAUCUUGCACAAAGUCAAUCAUGUUUAGUUUGUGACCUCUACAAGGUCAAACCUGAGUCAUGUGACUGUGUUACAUCACUUCUAUAUUUGUGUUGUAUCGGAAUUUCCUUUGUAUCACGUGAUAAAUUUGCAUUCCCAUUGAUUUAUUUCUUGUUGAUGAAUACAUGAAUAUUUAUUGUAUGAUGUAUAUUACAUGACAAUUUCACUUGUCAAUAAAUUUAAUAAACUGA